AUGCUUUACUUCACCCUAUUGCACAGCAUGACUGACCAGAGAGGCAGCGAUACUAUGACGGACAGGAAGGAGCUUGUGGCUGUGGAACAUCGUCUGCUUGGCAUCAGUAACGGUGUCUACACGGCCGCCGGCUCUCAGGCCCUCUUCGACACAGCUGGCGCCUCAUGGUGCGGUGCAGGAUGCGGCAAGUGCUAUAACUUGACAUCAACUGGCAGUGCUCCUUGCACUGGCUGUGGCACCGGAGGAGCCGCUGGGGAGAGUAUCAUCGUGAUGGUCACCAACCUCUGCCCCUAUAAUGGCAAUCAGCAAUGGUGCCCUCAGGUCGGUGCCACAAACAACUACGGCUACAGCUACCACUUUGAUAUCAUGGCCCAGAGUGAAGUUUUUGGCGACAAUGUGGUUGUCAACUUUGAGCCGGUUGCCUGUCCUGGCCAGGCCACUUCCGAUUGGGAGACAUGUGUCUGCUACGGCCAGACCGAGACUGAUGAGACUCCAGUGGGCAUGACGCCCGGAGGCAGCAACCCUUCCCCUCUGACAUCGACAACCACCACCAAGACAACCACCACCGAGACAACCAUCACUACCACCACUAGUGGAGCCACUCAGACGCUGUACGGACAGUGCGGUGGCAGUGGUUGGACUGGCCCUACUGCCUGUGCGUCGGGCGCCACGUGCAAGGUGUUGAAUCCUUAUUACUCCCAGUGUCUCUCAUAA